AUGAGUAAAAAAGUUUGGGAAGUUAUAAUUUUAACUAAAAUUAUAAAAAAAAGAGAAUUAACAAAUAAUGGUGGAAAAAUAAACAUUAUGAAUAAUCAAAGGUAUAGAAAUGUAAAAAAAUUUUUAAUUGAGGAUUUGUUAGAGUUUCAUGUUAUUAAAAACGGAGUUAAGAAAGAUACAUAUGAAAAAAGUACUUCAAAAAAUAAAUACGACAACGCCCUUCUAAAAGACCAGCAAGAAGAACAAGAAUUAACUAAUUUGAAAAAUGAAAAAGACCAAUUUGCGAACUCAGUCCGCAAUUACGAGCAAGGAUUAAAAGCGGUUAUCGGCAAUGAUUUAACCAGUAGCAAUGAUAAGGAUAUUUUGGAUUUACAGCAAAAAAACACUGAUUUAACCAAAGCCAAAGAGGAGGCAGAAAAACAACUAAAAGAGAAACAACAACAAAUUUUAGACCAUAAAUGCGAUACUCCUAAUAAUGCUGAAUUAAACCAAGUCAAGGAGGAGUUAAAAAACGCCAACCAAGAAAAAGAUAGAUUGCAAACUGAAUUGAAUAAGAAAAAUAAAAAUAUUCCAAUCCCUCAACCAAAUGAGGAAGAGGAUAAAAAAGAAGAACAAGAAAAUCAGAAAUUAACGGUGGAAGAAUUAAGAGAAAAAUUAACUUCUAAACAACAAGAAAUAAGAGAUUUGCAGGAACAAUUAUCAAAAAUGAAUAAUUCCCAGUCUAACCAGGAUAGCAAACAAAACCCAAAAUUCUUAUUAGGAAUAAUGACCGCUUCCUUGGUAAUCGUGUUUGAAAAAAGGGGGUUAAGAAUAGCCGGAAUGAAAAUGGUUCGUUUAACUCCUCAAUUGGCUAAAAAUUUUUACCAAGAACAUAGCGAAAGACCAUUUUUUAAAGGAAUGACUGAAUUCAUGUGUAGUUCGCCAGUAGUGGUAAUUUGUUUGGAAGGAGAAAAUGCCAUUAAACUUAAUCGUGAAAUUAUGGGCGCCACUAAUCCCCUGGAAGCCAAGGUGGGAACGAUCCGAAGAACCUAUGGCGAAAGUAUUGAUAAUGCGAAUGCAGUGCAUGGUUCAGAUAGUUCCCAGGCAGCGCAAAGAGAAAUAAAUUUAUUUUUUAAAGAGGAGGAAAUUUUUUAA